GGGUGAGCAAGAGAGCGCCCUCCCUUAAAACGUGAGUGUAGAGUCCUAAGACACAUUGCUGAGUGGAGGACCUGACAGUAGAAACAGACACCUGAGGUAUGGCUGGUAAACGGCGUAAGGGUAACGGUUCACGGGGCACGGGAGGUGGAGGUGGGGGCAGCGGAGACGGUGCGAAGGUAUCCCAGUCACAACCACAACAGCGACGCAAACCAGCAGCACGCAAGACUCUGAGAGAACCUGCAGUCUUUGCAAAGGAAUCAGGCUGCGUGACUGAUGUCCCACAUGAUAAAAUCACUGUUGCACAGGCACGGCGGGGCACGCCAGCAAAUCGGCCCGUGAGAGUUUAUGCCGAUGGAAUCUUUGACCUUUUCCACUCCGGUCAUGCUCGAGCUUUGAUGCAAGCCAAGAACUUGUUUCCUAACACACACCUGAUUGUAGGAGUCUGCAGUGAUGCCCUAACACACAAAUACAAGGGUUACACGGUGAUGACAGAGGAUGAGCGCUAUGAAGCAUUGAUACACUGUCGUUACGUGGAUGAGGUGGUCCGUGAUGCUCCCUGGACCCUCAGCCCCGAGUUCCUCCAGAAACACAGGAUUGACUUUGUGGCUCAUGAUGAUAUUCCAUAUACCUCUGCUGGAUCAGAGGAUGUCUACAAACACAUCAAAGAAGCAGGAAUGUUUGUGGCUACUCAAAGGACAGAGGGCAUCUCCACGUCAGACCUUAUCACUCGGAUUGUACGAAAUUACGACAUCUACGUCCGGAGAAACCUGCAGAGAGGAUACACAGCCAAAGAGCUCAAUGUCAGCUUCAUCAAUGAGAAGAAGUAUCGUCUACAGAACCAGGUAGACAGGAUGAAGGAGACCGUGAGAACAGUGGAGGAGAAGUCCAAGAACCUGGUCCACCGCGUGGAGGAGAAAAGUCAUGACCUCAUCCUGAAAUGGGAAGAGAAAUCGCGUGAAUUCAUUGGGAACUUUCUGGAACUGUUUGGUCCUGAUGGAGCCUGGCACAUCAUUCAGGAGAGAAGCGGACGUGUUCUCCAGGCUUUGUCUCCCUACCAGUCUCCACGUGGCUCUCCUAGCAGCAGUCCCACUAGAGGGCGCUCUCCAUCUCCAGACUCUCACUGGCCUCUGUUUCGCUUCGGGUCCCCUCCUCCCAAACGCUCCCUCAGCAGUGGCAGUGAAGCAGACGAGGGAGAGAAGUGAAAGAACACAUCCACAGACACUAAACAGGCACACACAGACACAGACAAAGACACACACACAGACAAGUACUCAUAUGUGAACACACAAAGGUGCAUAGCAGUAUUCUGUCUUUUUGUCUGAUAUGAUAAGGUAAAGUAAGAUAAAUUAGACAAAAUUAAUAAGACUAUACUUAUCCUGAAGGAAACUGUUAUAAAAACUGCACAGACUGAGUAGGCUGAAGACUGUAUAGAUAUACUUGCUUGGAUAGAGAAACAAAAACUACAUUCCACCAAAGUCCAGAUAUUCCACCAAAUUUACAUAAUAAUAUUUUUGGAAAAUGGUACAGUUCACUUUUGUGUUCACAUAUGUAUUUUUGCUUACACACACACACACACACACACACACACACACACACACACACACAUAUUUACAUUCAAGCAUACCCAGACAAGCACUCACAGCUCUUCCCUUGCAUAGUAAAACAUUAAUAUGACAUAAUAUGCCAAUACGUGGCAUGUACCAUUGUAGAAUAAGAUAUUUCUUAUCUAAUGUGAGCACAUUAUUAAGAUAUAUUACAUAAUUAUUUUCCAGAUGUUCAGCAUCCCUGUAAAUUGUACAUAUCGUUUCCAUUGAGUCAUAACUUGUGGGCGAGUGAGUAUUGUGCAAUGUUUAUAGUGACACAAGAAAACAGCAGUGCUUUAGUACCUGCUGUUCUUUGUCAGCAUUCUGUCUCAGAAUUUCUGACAGAACUGAUAAAGCAGUUCUGUUUUAUCUAAUACUGCUGAUUAGUGGCCCCUCCUUUGAAAAUAAUCCAUAAUUUAUUAAGCUCUUAAAAGCAGUGAGGGAGAAAUGUUUAUGAGCUGACCUCACUGAUCAAUAAAAACUUGAGCCAGUUAUC